CAUGCAUAUGCCAUUGUCUGCCGUUGUAAAAUGUCAGUGAACGUGUAGCGUGCAUUCUACUCUCACUAGUGUUUAUUCUUUAUUUUAUAAUUAUUAUUAUUAGUGCUGUUGAAGAUUAUAUAUCGAACGGCCAUGCAGAUAUUGACUAAACCGGUUUUAUCAACGAGAUUUAGCCUAACCCAAGCUCCUGUAGCUCAUAUUGAUGAAGAAUUUAAUGCUUGGAGGGUCUGGACUGUUUUAGCAACAAAAUGAGGACCAACACAAUAUUAGCUCUGUUCUAAGGUGCAUGCCUUUAGGCUCUGUCAGACACAACCACUGGAUCACCUCAGUGUUUUCCCUGAAGACUUCACUUCCUCUAAGGGCAGAGCCGAAGAAAAAGAAGAAAGUUGAUCCACGACGUGAGCUUAUGGUAAAAGAACGUCUGAAGAAAAAGGUGAAGAAGCUUGAGAAAAUCCCACCUGAGCUUAUUCCUAUAGAAGACUUUAUACCCCCAGCCAAGUGCUUUGAUGAGAUCAGAGUCCGGACCCCUCCCAAGUUGUCUUUUGAGGACAGUGAGCGAAGGGCACUUCUACUUAAAGAAUGGUCCAGAUACAAGAUCUCCCAGCACGAGGCAGAGAUGGCAGCUAUUGAAGAGGCUCUAAAGGCCCAGACACAAGCUUUAAAAGAGCUUCGGCUGGAAUCAGCACAGCUUUACAAAGCAGCAGUCAGUCCUGACAAUUGUCUUUUCCCUUUCCAGUGUCAUGGUCCCUGCUAUACACCACCUGUUCCAAAUCAAGAGGCCCCAGAUGGCAAAUAUAAUGAUAUUACAAGAGUGUACACACAAUGAUUAAACUUACUGACUGCUGCUUGUACCAAUGAAAAAUGUGUAAAUGAACUCUUGAACUUCUGUUUUGUCAUUUCUGUUGCUAUUUUUGAACUAAUUUUAUGACUAGAAUCGUGCAUUGUAUUAAAUGGAAACCUGUAUAAAGUUG